AUAUCCCCCCACGGCUCACGCCAUCUCUUGAAGAAGCAAAUACAGUGUUCACGUUUUUAUCUCUUCAUUUUGCAUCUUCUUCAGAUUCCAUCGUCUCGUUUGUUUUCUGGGCCGCAUCUUCAAGGGCGUACUCAAAUUAUUUUCUGGUUGUUGAAACAUUAGAAGAUUUCGACUGGAAAUGAGUCAGAAGGGCUUGAUUUACAGCUUUGUUGCUAAAGGAAAUGUUGUCUUAGCUGAGCACACCUCGUAUUCUGGCAACUUUAGCACAAUUGCUGUUCAAUGUUUGCAGAAGCUUCCUUCAAAUAGCAGCAAGUACACGUAUUCAUGUGAUGGGCACACAUUUAACUUCCUCAUUGACAAUGGAUUUGUUUAUCUUGUUGUUGCAGAUGAAUCAGUUGGCAGAGGUGUGCCUUUUGUUUUUCUUGAACGAGUUAAGGAUGACUUUAAGCAGCAGUAUGGUGCCAGUAUAAAAAAUGCAGAAACCCACCCACUUGAUGAUGAUGAUGACGAUGAUGAUUUAUUUGAAGAUCGAUUUAGCAUUGCAUACAAUCUUGAUAGAGAAUUUGGGCCAAGGCUUAAGGAGCACAUGCAAUAUUGUCUGAACCAUCCAGAAGAAAUCAGUAAGCUCUCCAAAUUGAAAGCUCAAAUAACUGAGGUCAAAGGGAUUAUGAUGGAUAAUAUUGAGAAGGUAUGUCUUUCUUUUCUGGGAGAGUGGUGCAGCUUAUAGAGACAGUUGAAUGAGGUUUAAAGUCAUCAGCUUAAGGGAAGGAAAAUAUAUUAGUUAACAUUCUGUAAUUAAAUCAUUGUUUCUGUUUCUGCCUCUAAAAAUCUUCCAAAAGAACUGCUUGGGAUGUUUCACUUUGACCAGGUUCUGAGAAGCCUAUAGUUCUUAUGUGUGGGUGCCUUCUUAGUUGAUUACUAUGGAAUAUGAUAUGUGGUUGGGAAGUAUUGGUGGAGAAGAAAUGAGUAAGUGAAGGGGUUUUACAUGACUUAUCAAUUGGCCAGUGGCCACAAUGUGGUUUGGAGAUGUGUAUGUGGCUGGAGGAGUAUUGGUGUGUUAUUUUUUGUACAAUAUAUUUAAUAAAUGAUAACUGCUUUC